CAUCCAUCCAGUCAUUUCAGCUGCCUGUCAUGGGCAAAUACUCGCGUGCAGCUGUUGCUGCUCUGGCAGCCGCAACCGCCAACGCCACCUCGCUCUCUGAUCUGUGUACUGUUUCCAACGUCCAGUCCGCUCUGCCCUCCAAUGGAACCCUGCUUGGUGUCAACAUGAUCCCAUCCUCGGUCACGGCGAGCGUUACUACCUCUAGCAGUGGCAUGGGUGGCAUGGGCAUGAAGAGGGCUGACAGCGGCUACACCUACUGCAAUGUGACUGUGGCUUACACUCACACCGGCAAGGGCGACAAGGUCGUCCUCAAGUAUGCCUUCCCCAGUCCCUCUGAGUUCAAGAACCGCUUCUACGUUGCCGGCGGCGGUGGUUUCUCACUCUCUAGCGACGCAACUGGUGGUCUCGAGUAUGGCGCUGCCUCUGGUGCCACCGAUGCCGGCUAUGAUGCUUUCUCCUACAGCUACGAUGAAGUCGUACUGUACGGCAAUGGCUCCAUCAACUGGGAUGCCACUUACAUGUUCGGCUACCAGGCCUUGGGUGAAAUGACCCAGAUCGCCAAGCCCCUUGCCCGGGGCUUUUAUGGUCUGUCCAGCGACAAGAAGAUCUACACCUACUACGAGGGCUGCUCCGACGGUGGUCGUGAGGGUAUGAGUCAGGUUCAGCGCUGGGGAUCCGAAUACGAUGGUGCCAUCACUGGAGCUCCAGCCUUCAGAUUCGCGCAGCAGCAAGUUCACCACGUCUUCUCCUCGGCUGUCGAGCACACCAUGGAUUAUUAUCCCGAGCCUUGCAUGCUAGACAAGAUUGUUAACGCCACCAUCGAGGCCUGCGACCCUCUUGACGGACGUACUGACGGUGUCAUCUCUCGUACCGAUCUCUGCAUGCUGAACUUUAACCUGACCUCCGUCAUCGGUGAGUCCUACUACUGUGCCGAGCAGAACUACACAUCCCUCGGAUUUGGCUUCAGCAAGCGUGCCGAAGGCAGUACGACCAGCUACCAGCCCGCCCAGAACGGUACCGUCACCGCCGAGGGCGUGAAGCUCGCCCAGGCCAUCUAUGACGGUCUUCACAACAGCAAGGGCGAGCGUGCGUACCUCUCGUGGCAGAUUGGCUCUGAGCUGUCGGAUGCGACCACCUCGUACAACUCCGACACCGGCGCCUGGGAGCUCAGCAUUCCCUCCACCGGCGGCGAGUACGUUACCAAGUUCGUGCAGCUGCUGAACAUCGACAACCUAUCGAACCUCGACAACGUCACCUACGACACGCUGGUUGGCUGGAUGAACACGGGCAUGAUCCGCUACAUCGACAGCCUGCAGACCACGAUCCCCGACCUGACCGAGUUCCAGUCCUCCGGCGGCAAGCUGCUGCACUACCACGGCGAGUCCGACCCGUCGAUCCCCGCCGCCUCCUCGGUGCACUACUGGCAGGCCGUGCGCUCUAUCAUGUACGGCGACUUGUCCUACCAGGAGUCCCUCAAGAAGAUGGCCGACUGGUACCAGUUCUACCUCGUGCCCGGCGCCGCCCACUGCGGCACCAAUUCCCUCCAGCCCGGCCCUUACCCCGAGGACAACAUGGAGAUCAUGAUCAACUGGGUCGAGAACGGCGUCAAGCCCUCCCGCCUCAAUGCCACGGUCUCCUCGGGCUCCUACUCCGGCGAGACCCAGAUGCUCUGCCAGUGGCCCAGCCGUCCCCUCUGGUCCAGCAACAGCAGCUUCUCCUGCGUCCACGACCAGAAGUCCAUCGACUCCUGGACUUACUCCUUCCCUGCUUUCAAGCUCCCCGUGUACUGA